UGCAGUGGCCUACGCUAGUGUUCUUGGGUCACGGAGACAGUCGGGCUGGUACAGGCUGCCAGGGUGUCUGCAUGCAUUCCCUGACGAAGGGUCUGUGACAAAAUGACGCAGCCUGCGAAGGCAUUCUGACCGACUCGAGGAGCCGGAGCGGGGAGGAAGCAUGAGCGAACGGAUGAAAAUGCGACGACACCGGGUGUUCUUGCUUUGCACUGUGGGCCUGUGCGUCAUCUCCUUCCUGCACUACUACAAGGCCUUGCACUACGUCUCCCUGCUGCGGGAGCUCUCUGCCCCCUACCCCAACAUCAAAUCCUUCAUCAUGGUGACCGGCUUCUUCUGGAGGGAGAAGGCCUCUCCCCUCUCCCGUGCAUCUCCGGAGGAGGGCCCAGGCCUGGUCAUGCAGCUGUCUGACAGAGAGGAGCAGGAUACGGGGGACCAGCGGUUGGGAUUGCUGGCCCGGCCCUGGGAGAGGCCCGAGGAAUUGGACAGCAGAGAGUUGGAUGAGCCGAGAAAUCAGAACAUUAACCUGAGAGCCUUGUAUCCCAGCUAUCAAGUUCAAGAAAGGCUAGACCCCCUAAACAGGAGGGGGCUGGUGGUGAGGAAGAACGCCCCGAUGUUCACCCUCCCAAACCCCACAGGGCCACUUGGGGACCUCCACAAACGCAGCUACCUGCUCCGCGAUGACCCCACACCCUACUUUGUGCGCACUAAAGCUGGGGCCCUGUGUUUCCGGGAGGGGACGGAGAUGGCUGCCCCCAGGGAAGGUCCAGGAAGAGAGGGCGCAACAGUGGCGAACCAGCGCAGGAUUUUGGAGCACCAGGAGGCAGCCAACCCGCCCCGAGCCAGACCCAAGCGAGGCAAGAGGCUGGUGAAGUGUGUGUGCCGGCAGGGCUGGCACGGGCCUUACUGCGGAGUCCCCACCAUGGUGCACCAUUCCAACCUGCCCACCAAGGACAGGCUGACGCCCAGGGAGGUCCCCCGCAGGGUCAUCAAUGCCAUCAACGUCAACCACGAGUUCGACCUCCUCCACGUCCGCUUCCACGAGCUGGCCCAGGCGGUGGACCUCUUCCUGGUCUGCGAGUCCAACUUCACGGCCUACGGCGACGGCAGACCGCUGCAGUUCCUGCGGCUCCUCCUCAACGGUACCUACAACUACGUGCGGCACAAGAUCCUCUACAUCUUCCUGGACCACUUCCCCGAGGGCGGCCGGCAGGACGGCUGGAUCGCCGAUGACUACCUGCGCACCUUCCUGACCCACAACGGGAUGUCCCGGGUGCGGGGGGCGCGGCCCGACGACGUCUUCAUCAUCAACGACGCCGACGAGAUCCCCGCCCAAGAGGGCAUCCUCUUCCUCAAGCUCUUCGACGGCUGGACCGAGCCCUUCGCCAUCCACAUGCGCAAGUCCCUCUACGGGUUCUUCUGGAAGCAGCUGGGCUCCCUGGAGGUCAUAUCCGGCUGCACGGUGGGCAUGCUGAACGCCGUCUACGACACCGACGGCAUCAAGCUGCGCCGCAGGGAGUACUACACCAUGCCGGGCUUCCGGCGGUACGAGAAUGACACGGGCCACAUCCUGGUGCAGUGGGCCAUCGGCAGCCCCUUCCACUUCGCCGGCUGGCACUGCUCCUGGUGCUUCAGCCCCGAGGGCAUUCACCACAAGCUCGUCUCCGCCCAGAACGGGGACUUCCCCCGCUGGGGGGACUACGAGGACAAGCGGGACCUCAGCUACAUCCGGGAGCUGAUCCGAACUGGGGGCUGGUUCGAUGGGUCGGUGCAGGAGUACCCGCCCUCGGACCCGAAGGAGCACAUGUACGCCCCAAAGUACCUGCUGGAGAACUACGAUCAGUACCGUUACAUGCUGGAGAACCCGUAUGCCAAGCAGGAAAAGCUGUUGGAAGGGUAACUGAAAAGGGGGUGGAGCAUAGAGUUUUUUUUGCCUCCCAACACAGUGAUGGGUCCUGCAAAGAGAUCGGGUCCAGUGUUAAAAAUGGUGGAGGGGUAAAGACAACCAUCUUUAUCUUCUCCUUCUUCCUAUUUCAUUUCCUUCCAGCACCCCAUUCCUCAUAUUUGCAGGAUACCAGGGAUUUCUUGGUGGUGGUGGUGUUGAGGGUGGGGGGAUGAUGUUUGGGGGUUCAGUGGGCAGCUUGUGUGGAAACCUGCUGAGAGAAGUUAAGGGAUUGAUCUUGUGGCUGCUGUUGUGGCUUUCUUUGUCCUAUUCCCAGGACAGGAUUUUGCACUCAGGCACCCCCCAGCCACGCCCUUGGUAUGACCCAUUUCCUGUCCUCUCCUUUUCCAUCCCCGGCCUGUUCUCAGACAUGAGCUGUGACUGUGGUCUACAGUAUAUUCAAAAUUGUCAAGCUUGCCAACAAAAAAGAACAAAUGACAAGCCUUUCAUAUUCUGGGGUUUCAUAUCCUGAUUUCUUGCUUGCCAUAUCUGGACAGUAUCUACCUUUCAAGAGCAAAGGUUUUCUAGAGUUCAAUUCACCCCUGUUCUGUAGAUCUAGGAGUUCAUGACGGUCUUUUUCUUUACCCUGUCCAGCCAUGUCUAGAUUACUUGUGGUGAUUACAAUCAUUUGAUUGUAACCG